AUGCAGGCCGACAGACGAGCGGAAGGCGGGGCUUCACGGGACAGCGACGACGACCUCAUCAUCCUCGAGCCCACGAGCACCACGCCUACCAAGGAGCCUCGCCGACCAGCGACUACAAGGAACGGCGCCUCGACUCGGGGACCCACCCCUUCUAUCCGCUCCUACCGCGCUUCCACCUCGGCAUCCUCGUUCUCGAGACCUCCUCGCGGCAGCGAAGGAUUCUCGUCGUCGCCUGCCUUGAUCACCGACACAUUCAGCGCAACCCCGUCAAAGCGUUUGAGGCGGGAGAAGAGUCCCGCUCCGGCAAAGACGAGUCUUCCGGUCGGCGUCCCUCGUCCUUCGACUGCCUCGUCGUCCCGGCUGUCGACUCGUUCGUCCCGCGUACCGCCGACGAGUCGUCCGCUCGGGUCAACACAAACCCGCUCCCCCGCUUCGACUCAAGAGUCACUCCUCUUAAUCUCCGAAGAACCCCCGAGGAAACGGGAGAAGAAGCGGUCGACCACUCCCUCACCCUCACCGCCGCCCGCUCCCGCACCAUCUCGGAAGCGGAAAGAGUCGCUUCUUCAGCCCCGUCCCGCUACGCCGCCCCGUCAACGAUCCGUCGGUCCGUCGAUCUCGCCCGCGACAGUCCGACCUCCUCGAACGCAGACCGCUUUGCGCCCCUUGCCAGUCCCGCCGCCCGCCGCCUUUGCCCUCCCCGGCCUUCCACUCAACCAAAAGGUCUCGCGCUCAGCCCGCUCCACACGUCACACGGCCUCUACUCUCCCCGCAGCCAUAUUCGAGACGGACUUUGCGGCUCUCGACCCUUCGUCGCGGUACAACUUGCAGCAUUCGGUCCUCUUCCGCUUGGAGCACCUUCGCGAAGGUCCGCUUACUGUCGAACAAGGCGCCAAGAAAGGGUACGGCGCGCUGAAAGGCGCCGCCGGUGGAAAGGCCGGGGCGAAGCCGCCUACGGGGGUGCCGAGCUGGGCGAAGACGGUCGAUGGGAAAGAGUGGCAAGAAGACCUCAUUCGCCGUCUCUCGUCACGCCUCCUCGGCUCAUCUUCGACUUCAGUCGACAACCCGCUCACCCCUCUCGUCUAUGCCGCCGACGUCCAGGCUCUUCGCAGAGUCCUGCUUGGGCAGGCAGGCGGUACCGAGUGCUACCUGCUCGGCAAAGAAUUCCCUUGCAAGACGGUCAUCGUGGUUGGUUGGGUGACGCACCAGGAGUACCAGGAGACAGAGGGAGGAUGGAUCUACGUUGUCGACGACGGGACUGCCAACCUGACGGUCAAGUGCCCCGCGCCUGCGCCCGACCCCUUCGGGACGUACUCCGCCCCUCUCUCGCCCGCCCGCCUCAUCCCGCACAUUCGCAACGACGCCUCUACGUCGAACAGCAAGAUGGCGUCUACGGCUUACGUCAAGCGCAAGUAUGGCGACCUAGAAGAGCGCGCCGAGGAGAAGAGCGCGAAGACGGUCAUUCCGCUUGGCGCGCUCGUCAAGGUUACCGGCAUGGUCGAGGACUCGAAGUUCACGUGGGACGACGAGAAGCGGGUCGUGGCGAGUCGAAUGGACAUGCUUCCCGAUAUCAACGCCCUCCCGGCACACCUCCUCCUCGUCUCUCGCCUUCAUCGCGAUGUCUAUUCUCACGGUCUCGACCUUCAAGCCCGUCUUGCCGCCAUCGAGCGCGCCGAAGCAGAAGAGCGGCAGAGGGAGUGGGAGGAAGGCAACACGCUCAGCAGUUCGGCGGGCAGUGACUGGGGCGGCGGUGCGAGUACAGCUGGCAGUCCCGACAAGCUGCAGUACCGACCGACUCGGCCUUCGAAACUCGAACCAGAGGACCUGACCCUUUCGAACUUCAUGGUCUACAUCCGGCACCAUCUCUUGCGCCACUUCGUUCGUGCCUUCGCCAACGAAGGCGACGCCUCUCCCUCCACGCCUCUCUCGCGCACCAGGUCGGCUUCCUUCCCUACAUCGUCUCCCCCUCGAUCCGGUCCAGUCGAGUACUCUCUUCCCUUUACCAUCGCCGACCUCGCCGCCAACCGCCACCUCGCUCUCUUCGCCACCCGUCUCGUCCAGGAGCGAGCCAAACUCGCCGAGCAAAAGCAGCUCGAAAAGACACGUCUGCGUCAGACGGCUGUUUCGCUAGCAAGUGCUGUCGUGGGGACAGCUGCGCCAAAGCCCCCGAGGUCUUGGGUUGCUUCGGGGCCGAUGGGCGGGCGGAAGGGGGGGUGGAGGAAUGGUGGAAGGGGGGCAGCGAGCCUGCUCCUCCCGCCGCCGAUGGCCUCGGCGUCCUCUUCCCGCUCGCGGGGCGGAGAGACGCAGGAGGAGCGCCGAGCACGGCGACAGAAGGAAAGGGAGGCCAAGCUCGAAGAUGCCGGCCCGCUCAAAGGCGAGGCUCUGGAAAAGGAGGUCGUCAAGGUCUGGCGCGAGGCGAUCAGGACGAUGAGGGCGAACGGCAUGAUCGUCGAGUUUGUCGAGGGCCCAGAGGACGACGAAGACGACGAGAAGGCCGACUUCGAGCUGUCCUUCAUCGACCGCAAGGCGUCGAGGAACGCGCUCGACGACCUUCCCGACCUCCCUUCUCGCCGAUCUUUUUCACGCACCUCGCCCCCGACACAACAGCGAAGCGCCUCAACCGUCUCAGCCUGUCCUUGGGGCGACGUCAAGCUCGAGAUGAGCAGUCCCAAGCUCUUGCCCGAAACGCCUCGCGCCUCGAAGCGGGUCAAGCGAGAGGAGCCGUCAAGUCCGGCCGUCGCGUGUCCGUGGGGGGACGUCAAGCUGGAGGGUAUCGACGGGGAUGACUCCGUCUUCAAGACGCCGCAGCCGGACUCCGUCUUCAAGACGCCGCAGCCGAAACGGAUCAAGCAGUCGCUGUCGCCUCCCGUCAAGGUGGAGUCGCCAUCCUCGCCCGCUUGGAAUCUGCCGCCUUCCUUCCAACGCUCUUCGCCGACAUCUCGAGCGCGUCGCUCUCCGUCGGCCGCUUCGGACGCCAGCUUCGCCACGACCGGGUCGCUGUCGGACGAAGCUCGACCUCAAUCCUUCCAGCUCGUGACGGUCGCAUCCCUCUGCCCGCUCGUUCUCGAUCUCCUCUCCGCGGCGUACGCCUCGAACGUCUCGUCGCCGUCGGUUACCGAGGAGGACCUGCGCCAACGCAUGUACCAGGACGACCGUUGGGCGCGUGUCGCGCUUUACAGCGAGGCGGUCAGCGCCGCUCUUUCGCGCCUCGCAACGCAAGGCCAGGUUGAGCGGCACGGUCAAGGGUGGAGACCUGUCAGACGGUGGUAG